AUGGGCGAUUCCGAUCAGUAUAACGAUGUGGCCGUGCUAACGAUGGACCAGCCGGUACCCUUCACGAAGCAGGUGCGCCCAAUAUGUCUCCCGGCGGCGGACAACUCGCGAGCAUACAGUGGACGAACGGCCACCGUCAUUGGCUGGGGAAGUUUACGAGAAAAUGGACCGCAGCCAUCCAUCUUGCAGGAAGUAAAUUUGCACAUCUGGACCAACACCGAAUGCCGGGUCAAGUACGGCCCGGCGGCUCCUGGAGGCAUCAUCGACACGAUGCUUUGCGCCGGUCAGGCAGCUAAGGAUUCUUGUAGCGGUGAUUCUGGUGGUCCGCUUAUGGUGAACGAUGGCGGGUGGACACAGGUCGGCGUGGUUUCAUGGGGUAUUGGAUGCGGAAAGGGUCAGUAUCCGGGCGUCUACACCAGAGUGACCGCAUUCCUGCCGUGGAUCAUGAAGAACAUUAAGGAUGUUUAGCCAUAGUGUAGUGGUGCUGAGCUGCUCUCCUCCUGAAAGUCGGUGCCUGCCGUUGGUCAAGUGUUUCACAACGUAAAUUGGUCCGAUUGGUCAA